AUAAGCUGCUAACUAUCACUACUACCAAGCGAUAAGCUGUCUUUACUAACUUCUUGGAACAACAACUUUGUAGAGGGUGACUUGGUGAGCAUGACAGACGAUACUGAUGUCAAUCAUGCUAUAUCGCAAAGCUCUCUUUUAAAAGUGACUGUAUUUGACAAGGUAAAAGAGGAAUGAGUUGCUUGUGUGUGUCUAAGUGUUAUGCUUAUUGGUUGAGUAACAAUGAAAAAACAGGAAAAGCAUGCGUUUAUUGGGACAACAACAGCAGAUCCAGCUGCUGCACCUGCGUAUGAGGAAUUGAAGGAUCAAAUGAACCAAUUACGAGAUAUGAUCGAUCACGUUAUUGGCUCCUUGACUCAGGCGAGCAAGACAAAGAGUGGAACUAUUAAUGGAAAAGUGGUGUCUUCGAGCGAGGCUACUGAGAAAACAUAUAGAAACUUGUCUACGGCUGAAUUGGCUCAAUUCCUCGAUGAUGAGAGGAAAGAUCAGAAGAAGACCGAAAUGCAGGAUCAAAAGGAAACCAAACCACAACAACCACAACCACCACAAUAUCAGCAAGCACCUGCGUAUCCACCUCCACCUCCACCAGUAAAUCCACCGGGAGCCAUGCCAACAUCGGCAUCAUCACAGGCACCAACAACCCCCUAUCCACCACCGUCCACUACACCCUCGGCUGCUCCUGCGAUGCCACGACCUCCCAUGCAGCAGCAACCCACCACAAUGCAAUCGGGCUAUCCACCUGCGCAAGCCUCACCAGUAACAGCGCCACCCUCCUAUCCUGCUCCACCUCGUCCUGCAUCCAUACCCCAGCCAGGCACGCCACAGACCGCGACCAGUUAUCCACCUGAACGACCAGCAGCAGCAAAUGACUAUAACAAUUAUCGAGUAUCCGCACCUUCCGCACCCCCAUCCACUCAAUAUUACUAUCCUCCUCCUCCUCCACAACAACAACAACAGCAACCACAACCACAACCGCCACCUCAACAGGGUCAAAGACCUCCAGUGAAUACCGCAGGAUGGCGCUAAAUAGUUGUCGUUCUAAAGAACUUUUGAUAAAAAAUCCAUGAAAAGUGAAAAGCUCGUUGCGAUGAACCAGGAAAAUUGAUUCUAGGAUUUGAUAAAGUCGACAGCGGAUCCAAAAACGAAGAGAGGGUUAAUCCUGUCGUUUCAAUGGAACAUAUACAAUUCAAC